AUGACAACAAUCCCGCUCACCCGCUUCUCUCUCAGCGUGUUACUGAUCGUAGCCCUCCUCGAGAUUGCCGCGCAUCCGGCAACAGUGUCGGCCAGAAAAGACGGCGGCGGCUCUCGGCGCCAGCCGCCGCCACCGGACCUGGACCCGACGGCCGAAAUUUUCCCGACCUGCAAAUUUUCAGGUGGUAUCAAUCUCACGGUUUCGCCGAAAUUCGUUGGGACCACUUGGCGAGGAUGGGGAACUUCGCUCGCCUGGUUCGCGAAUUACGUCGGCGGUUUGCCACAGAAGACGCAAAACAAAAUUCUCGACCUCCUGUUCGGGAAAGACAACCUGGGUUUGAACAUUGUUCGUUACAACAUAGGAGGCGGGAACAACAAGAAUCGUAGCCGGCAGUUUUAUCAAACGCAGCCCACGGAUUGGCGGGGAAUGCCGGGUUAUAAGCCGACGGAAAAUGGGCCGUACGAUUGGAGCGCAGACGAACGGCAGCGGAACGUGCUGCAGGGAGCGAAGCAACGAGGCGCGAAUGUCUUCGAAGCGUUUUCGAACAGCCCGCCCUGGUGGAUGACUAAGUCGGGUGACGUGGCAGGACCCCGGUUGAUCGGCCAAUCAAAUCUUAAGCAAGAGUACGAGGGCGCUUUCGCGAACUACCUGACCACCGUCGUGGAGCAUUUCGCUAAAAACUGGGGCGUUACUUUCGAUACGCUGGAGCCAUUUAACGAAGCAAUGGAGGGGUUCUGGCAGGCCGGCAAUAAGAAUGAGGGUUGCUCGUUUGAUGCGCCGGCAAUGGGGCGCAUCAUCAAGUACACUUCGGACUCGUUAAAGAAGAAGGGGCUUAAGACGAAGCUGGUUGGGGCGGACAGCUGGUCAGAGUCAACUGCGAAGCUGCCGCAGGUGCCCAAUCAUCAGCUACUAUCGCGGAUAAAUGUUCAUUCCUACAUGAACAGGUACCAGGGCAGCGACAUUGCGAAGAUUUACGAAACGAGUUUCGGGAGUGUUCGCGACGCGGCGAAGCAGCUCGGGAAGGAUGUUUGGGUCAGCGAAGCAGGUCCUCUUAGCCAAUCAGGAAGCUUGUGGGACGUUUCGCUGUACAUGGCGAGAAAUAUAAUCGAAAGCGUCAAUAUCAUGGAGGCUUCAGCGUAUGUGUACUGGCAAGCGUACGACACGGGCGGAUGGUCAAUGAUCGACUUUCCGUCGAGCUAUCGACCUGGAUAUUCGGGCUCUAUGAAAUCACCCACACCCAACAAGCGGUUCUGGCUGUUCAAGCAUUUGACGACUCUUGUCAAGCCUGGAAUCAAGCCGCUAAAAGUAGGUUUGGACUGCGCGCAUGGAAUUGCCGCGUUCUACAGCCCGGGCGAGAAGCGGGUUACGGUUUUCAUUGUGAAUCAGCAGGCGACGGAACGGAAAGUAAAGAUUAAUCUCCAAGCCCUCGGGAUUGCCGCGCAUCCGGCAUCAGUGACGGCCAAGACAAGCCGCGGCGGCCAUCCGCGCAAGCCGCCACCUCCUAAUCUAAGCCCGUCGUCCGAAAUCUUCCCGACCUGCAAGUUUUCAGGUGGUAUCAACUUCACGGUUUCGCCAAAUUUCGUCGGAACCACGUGGCGAGGGUGGGGCACUUCGCUCGCCUGGUUCGCGAACUACGUCGGCGGUCUGCCGCAGAAGACGCAGAACCAAAUGCUUGAUCUCUUGUUCGGGAAAGACAACCUAAAUCUCAACAUCCUUCGUUACAACAUUGGGGGCGGACACGACAAGAAGCGCAGCCCACAGUUCUAUCAAAUGCAGCAGACGGAUUAUCGCGGCAUGCCGGGCUACAAGCCGACGGAGAAGGGGCCGUACGAUUGGACCGCGGACGAACGGCAGCGGAGCGUGCUGCAGGGAGCGAAGCAACGAGGCGCGAAUGUCUUCGAGGCGUUUUCGAACAGCCCGCCCUGGUGGAUGACUAAGUCGGGUGACGUGGCAGGCCCGCCAUUGAUCGGCCAAUCGAACCUGAAGCCUGAAUACGAGAGCGCUUUCGCGAAUUACCUUACGACCGUCGUGGAGCAGUUCGCGAAAAAAUGGGGUGUUACUUUCGAUACGCUGGAGCCGUUUAACGAAGCAAUGGAGGGGUUCUGGCAGAAGGGGAUGGCGCACGAGGGCUGCUCGUUUGAUCCUCCGGCAAUGGGACGUGUCAUCAAGUACACUUCGGACUCGUUAAAGAAAAAGGGGCUUAAAACGAAGCUGGUUGGCGCAGACAGCUGGUCACGCGCAACUGCAAGGUUAUCGCAGGUAGCCAAUCAUCAGCUACUAUCGCGGAUAAAUGUCCAUUCUUACAUGAACACGUACGAGAACAGCGACGUUCCGAAGACUUACGAAGACAGAUUUGGGGGCGUUCGCGACUUGGCGAAGCAGCUAGGGAAGGACGUCUGGGUUAGCGAAGCAGGGCCCGCUAGCAAAGGAGGAAGCCCUUGGGACGUUUCGCUGUACAUUGCGAGAAACAUUAUCGAGAGCGUCAAUAUCAUGGAGGCUUCAGCGUACGUGUACUGGCAAGCGUACGACACGGGAUAUGGCUGGUCAAUGAUCGACUUUCCAUCGAGCUAUCGACCUGGGUAUUCCGGUGCAAUGAAAACACCCAAGCCGAAUAAGCGGUUCUGGCUCUUCAGGCAUUUCACGAUGCUUGCCAAGCCUGGAUCCAAGCCUAUCAAAAUAGUGUCCGCGUUAUUGAGUGCCUCCUUCCGCGCCUCCCACGCGCGCGCGUUACAUCGCGACAGCAUCCGCCCGGCAUCAACAGCGGGCGCAGCGGGGCGAUACUCGCUCGACGAAAUCACCCUCCACGCGCGCAUGCGGCGAGAGCGGCGCAACCGUAACGUCCGGCUGUUCUCCGUCGAGGAAUCCGCGUCGCUCUCCCCGCCGCCGUCGCUACAACCGAUCAGCGAGUUGUUCGACACCUGUAGUUUCCCCGGGCCGAUCAGCUUGAAUAUCACUCCCUCGUUCAUCGGGACAACGUGGAAGGGAUGGGGCACGUCUCUUGCUUGGCAAGGCAACUACAUCGGAGGCUUCCCCAAGGAUCGAAUGGACACAUUGCUAGACCUAGUGUUCCACCCCACGAAAGGGCUGGGUAUGAAUAUCGUCCGGUACAAUAUAGGCGGAGGGCACAACGACACGUUAAGUCCGCAGUUUUCCAAAGAUGUGGAGACGAGCUGGAAGGCCAUGCCCGGGUAUUGGCCGGCGGAGUCUGGGCCGUACGAUUGGAACGCGGAUCAACGGCAAAGGAAUGUUCUCUUUGGCGCGAGGGAGCGCGGCGCGAAUAUUUUCGAGGCGUUUUCGAACAGCCCGCCGUGGUGGAUGACUGUGUCGGGUGACGUGGCAGGCGCGUCGGAGAAGAACCAGCCGAACCUUAAGCCGCAGUACGAAGGGAAAUUUGUGGAUUACCUCACUACAGUGGUGGAGAAGUUCGCAAAAGACCCGGCUUGGAAUCUGACUUUUGAUACCCUGGAGCCGUUCAACGAGCCGCUUGAAAAUUUCUGGACCGCGAGAAACGGGCAGGAGGGGUGCAAUUUCGAAGUCCCUGGUAUAACCCGUGUGCUGUGGGCUACUCUAGACGCUUUGAAGAAGAAAGGGCUCCAGACGAAAGUCGCCGCAUUUGAUAGCUGGACGGAGGACUCGGUUUCGGCGAUCAACUCUAUAGCGAGGAUAAACGAAGUGAAGCGGAUUAACGUUCAUGGGUACAUGGACCCGGCCCCGAGCAAUCAGGAUCCGGUCAGCUACACCACCCAGACGUACAGUAAAAUGCGCGAUAUAGCCAAGGGGAUGGGGAAGGAGGUUUGGGUAAGCGAAUCCGGACCAAUGGGGCGAUUCGGACAACCGUUCGACCUGUCACUGUACAUGGCCCGAAACGUGAUCGAGACCGUCAAUAUACUUCAAGCAUCUGCGUACGUGUACUGGCUGACGUACGAUUCUGAUCCUCGAUGGGCAAUGAUCCACUUCCCGUGGAAUUACCCUGCCGGCCAGGAAGCCAGCCGCUCACGAUCCCCACGGAGUGCUCUCACGGUAUCGCGGGAUUCUUCAACGAGGCGGACUCGGUAG